GUAGUUCCCUGCUGGUAAGACACCUGGAGUUUCACUGAGUAUAGUGAAAAGACUACUCGCAGCAAAAGCUAACCCAGAGGGAUUUGAAAUACAGCUUUAUACUCCACUGCAGUAUGCUGUUGAUUACAAUCGUGAUGACAUUGUGAAAGCACUUCUUGAAGCUGGAGCUACAGCUUUAAAUCACUAUGGGCGGAAUUCAGUGCUUGAUAAAAAAAUGGGUGAUGUGAUUCAUCGAUUAUCAUCGCAGAAUGAAGACUUUGAGAAAGUACAGCUAUUUUUCUCUUUUCAUUGUGCUGUCCAAACAAAACACCAGACAGAAGUUUUCAGCAUCUAUAAGGCACAUUUCCUUAAAGAGCAUCCUUUCAUUAAUACAAUUCUGUUGGAGGAAUACUUUGGUCUUAUUGGUUUGUCUGCAGCAGAGGAAUAUCGUCAGAGUGCCAUCAAGUGGUUAAAAGAUACAAAGAGUGCAGACAAAUACAUAGAGGAAGUCAUUCAGCGCUUUCCAAGAAUACUUAAGGAUUAUUGUCCAGUGGCAUUAAAAUGCUUAUGUGCUGCUUUGUGUGUCAGUGAAAAGAUUUCUUCUCAGGUAUUCAGUGAUCUUAAACAGUGUCCAGCUCUUUGGAAAUGCACAGGGAGAAGCAGUCACUAAUUUGAUACUAAAAAUACUCAAUGUCAUGAUGGAAAAGACCUCUGAGCAAAAACUAACCAUAGAUCAUUGUCUAUAUGAGAAAUGCAAAGGUCUACUGCCUCUCACAGAUGCCAAGUAUUCAAGUCUAAUCAAUGUUUGGACCUAUGGAGUGUUUGCACAGGUAAAUGACUUUGCUCCAGAUGUUAUUGCAAUGUGUGGAUUGUCCUCAGUACCUGAGAGGAUACUUAAUGUAGCAGAAAUAGAGAUGGAUGAAUUCAUGAAGAAAAAACUCCAAAAACUGAACACAUCACUUGCACUUCCACCAAGUUUAAGAGCAGUGGAUCAAUUAUGUGGGGAAAAUGUUGUCACCUCUUUAACAAAGAAAAAGAAGAAGAAAAAAAGAAGAAAAAUCAUCAAGAGUUGGAGUCACAAGAAAGGGAGAAGCAAGACACAAUAACUCCUAUCGAGGAGACAAAUUCAAGUGUGCAGCCCUUCACACCCCCGGUUGAGAGCUCACCUGUUCCAAGAUGGUGGCAUCCAAUAAGUCAUCGCUGGAAGAAACAUUAUGAAAAACUUGUUAAUAUUGAUACUAGCAAGACCUAUAGACUGAGAAGCUUUACUCUUGUACUGAGUGAUGAUUUUAAGAUCGCUAAAGGAAGUGAUGGCACACAAGUUUUUCUUGGUCUGAGGGAUGAUGGGAUGGAGGUCGCUGUGAAACGAAUGCUUAAGUCCAAUUACCAGGACCUCAAGAACGAGGAGGCAUUUUUACGACUUCCAGAACUUGAUGAUCCUUCGAUUGUGCGAUAUAUAGACUUUGCAGAAGAUGACAACUUUGGAUAUCUCAUUCUUCAGCUUUGUGAGUACACACUAGAAGAAUACAUCCAAGAUCAUUUACCAUCUGACAGCUCUGAGAGGACUUUUGUUUUGAAAGAGCUUGUGAGGGAAGUGCUGUGCAGCUUACAGGUUAUACACACCCAACGCACUAAAAUACUUCAUCGGGACAUCAAACCUCAGAAUGUUCUGAUCGACAUUAAAGGAAAAGCUAGACUGGCUGAUUUUGGCAUAAGUCGUAGACUCAAACCGAGUGAAACCACUUUACGAACAAGCAUCGCUGGAACUAAGUUCUGGAAGCCAAAAGAAACAAUAGAUGAAGAGAGCAACAGUGGGUACAAAAGAUGUUCUGACAUUCAGGUUGCUGGGAUGUUAGUGUACUACAUCCUCUCUAGAGGACACCAUCCAUUUGGUACAGGUCCAUUUUGUGAGGUCAACAUACUGCAGGGAAAAUACACACUGGAUCACCUGGAUGAUGAUGUAGCAAAGGAUCUUGUAGAGUGGAUGAUUAAUGAAUAUCCAGAAAAGAGACCAACUGUGGAGCAGACACUUGCACAACCCUUCUUCUGGACUGAUGAAAGGAAGAUGGAGUAUCUGAAAAAACUGGGGAAUCAGAAUGAAGCAGAGAAUUGCCGUAAUGCUGAUGAGGAGCUUCUUCUUGCCAUUGAACAAUGCACAGAGGGGAAAACUUUUUUUCAAUGGAAAACUAAACUUUCCCCUGAGCUUGUUGAGAAACUGGAUAGUAAGAAGAAAUGUUAUCCUGAAAAUACGCUAGGCCUGCUGCGUUUUGUACGCAACCUGCAUGAGCAUUACCCAGAUGAUGCAGCAAACAUCAACCUAAUGACGUUAUUCCCUGAUCUCUUUGGGAGUGUGUACAGGUUUGCCAAAGAGAGAGGAUGGCACUCCAGAGCGAAUCUGAAAAAGUUCUUGAGCUCAUUUUCAAAGAUCUGACAUAUAUUCUUUCUGAUUUUAUUACUAUCACUAAAAGCUGGCCUUUGGGGGGGGGCUACAAUAUCUUUGCUGUAGUGAUGAAUAAAUGCUUGUAUUCAGAAAAAACUUUUACUGUAUUUAUUUUAACUUUUAUUGGGAUUUUAUAAAAUGCUAGUCUUCAAUAAAGACAUUUAAUUGUAUGAUA